AUUGCGCUCAAUUGAUCCAGUCCAAUAUCGUAAUCCGAGUGUGUCAACACAGGCCAGUCGCGAUUGCCUUAACCGUGUAAAUAACCGACACAGAUCAUGAGUAUCCCAGCAGCGUUUCUUGGGAGGUUCAUUGCUAUUUUGGCGCUAACCGUGGUCGGAUUAAGUCUCCAACAGUCUUCGAGUGUACGAGCAUUGGUUGGAGAUUCUACCGGAAGUGGUGUUGCCGAACAGGAUCCGGUUAAUUUAGGUACCGAUGGGUUGAAGCAGCAGCAGCAGCAGCAGCGGAUGAAACGUUCGCCCAGUGACGGCUCAAGUAUGUCCCUGAAGGAAUGGUUCACUGGCCAACCCAACCCUUCGGAAUGUGUUAUGGGAACCGUAGGGGGCGUCAUUGGAGGAGGAGCCCUGACGGGUGCUUUCGUUGGCGCUGGAAUCGGAAGCAUAUUUACUGGACCGGGAACGGUUUUGGGAGCGCUGAUCGGCGGAGUGAUAGGAGUUUGCGGUGGCAUCAGUAUUGGACAUCGGGCAGGGGAAGUGGCUUGUUGACCUUCUAAAGCCGAACUUAAUACUCGCCUGGGAUAAAUAUAUUUUGAAGAAU